AUGGAACCUAAUACUGGAGUGACAUUUGAUGAUGUUGCUGGAAUUGAUGAAGCAAAGCAAGAUUUUCAAGAAAUUGUGGAAUUCUUGAAAACUCCAGCGAAGUUUACUGCAGCAAGUGCAAAGAUUCCUAAGGAUGUUCUGUUAGUAGGGCCGCCAGGGACUGGAAAAACCUUGCUAGCAAAAGCAAUAGCUGGAGAAGCUAAGGUUCCUUUCUUUUCUCUGUCAGGGUCAGAAUUUAUUGAGAUGUUUGUUGGUUUAGGGGCUUCAAGAGUUAGGGACUUGUUCAACAAGGCUAAGGCGAACUCACCAUGCUUAGUUUUUAUCGAUGAGAUAGAUUCUGUAGGGAGGCAGAGAGGAACACGAAUUGGUGGAGGAAAUGAUGAGAGGGAACGGACACUGAAUCAAUUGCUAACCGAAAUGGAUAGUUUUAGUGGUAAUAGUGGAGUGGUUGUAAUUGCUGCUCCGAACCGACCUGAAAUUCUUGAUUCUGCUUUGCUUAGGCCAGGAAGAUUUGAUAGGCAGGUCACAGUUGGGCUCCCAGAUGAUUCAGUGGUGCAGACUUCUGCAAUUCUCGAUGGUAGGAGAGGCAAAGUGAAGAUCACUCUGAAAGAGAUUGAUGAUUCAAUCGACAGAAGUGUGGCAGGCAUGGAGGGAACCAAGAUGACUGAUGGAAAGAGCAAAACAUUCGUGGCUUACCAUGAAGUUGGGCAUCCUGUUUGCACGAAGACAUUGACCCCAGGACAUGACCUGGUGCAGAAAGUCACUCUAAUCCCCCGAGGGCAAGCUCGUGGUCUAACUUGGUUCACACCAGGUGAAGAUCCUACUCUCAUUUCCAAGCAACAACUAUUUCCUAGGAUAGUUGGAGGACUAGGAGGUAGAGCAGCAGAGGAAGUUACUUUUGGCGAAUCAGAAAUCACUACCGGUUCAGCAGGGGACCUGCAACAGAUCACUCAAAUUGCUAGACAGAUGGUAACGAUGCUUGGCAUGUCUGAGAUCGGACCAUGGGCUCUGACCGAUCCAGCAGUUCAAUGCAGUGAUGUGGUGCUAAGGAAGCUAGCUAAAAAUUCCAUAGCAUAUGAGAUUGCAAAGGAACAUAUAAGGAGCAACAGGGAUGCUAUUGAUAAACUAGUGGAGGUACUACUAGAGAAGGAAACCCUCUCCAGGGAUGAGUUCAGGGCAAUACUGUCAGAAUUUGCUGAUCUUCAUGUUGAUGAAAUAGAUAGAACCCCUGUAAGGGAAUUGAUUAAUGCCUAG